AUGACAAACAAUCAGAUUCGUCCCUCAAAUUCACCAUGGUCAUCAUCCGUGAUCUUACAUAAGAAAAAGGAUUGUGGUAUUAGAUUCUUAGUCGACUAUCCUAAAUUGAACUCCGUUACAAAAAAGGACUCAUUCCCACAACCGACAACGGAGGAAUUGUUACAACGAUUAGGCGACAAUCGAUACUUUACAAAAUUAGACUUAAAAUCUGGCUAUUUUCAAAUUCCAAUCCUUGAACAAGAUAAAGAAAAAACCGCGUUCGUUACACAAGAUGGUCUAUGGGAAUUUAAUGCAUUACCGCAAGCUGUUAUGAAUGGCCCACCUACUUUUCAAAGAGUGAUGCAUAAUUUGAUAGAGAUCGACUAUUUAAGUCAUAUUGUUAAUAAAGAUCGAAUUCUACCAUCGCCGGAAAAAACUAGAGCCAUUGUUGAAUUAUCACCUCUUCAUACAUUGAACGAAGCAAAUGAAUUCAUGGGAAAAUUAAAUUGGUACAGAAAAUUUAUUCCACAUUUGAAAUACAGAAAAUUUAUUCCACAUUUUGCCGAAAUUGCUGCACCAAUUCAUAAAGUAACAAAUAAAACCAAGAAAACAAAACAUGAAUUUCAUUGGCAUGAUGAACAACAAGUAGCAUCUGAUAGAUUCAAACGAAUAUUAACCAGUGAACCAUUAUUUCUGCAGUAUCCCGAUCCAACGUCACCAUUCAUAUUAUCCACCGAUGCAUCGGUUAUUGGCAUUAGUGGCAUAUUACGUCAAAAUACUUCACAAGGUACUCGAAUUUGUUAUUAUAAGUCUCGGACGUUGACUGACACUGAAAAACGUUAUGAUCCAUUAGAAAGAGAAGCACUGGCAAUGUAUUGGUGUAUAAAAGAACUUCGUCAGUAUAUCGGUGAUUCAGCUUUCUCUAUUGAAACUGACAGCGAACCACUGAUAAAUUUUCACAAAAAACAAAUCGAUAAUAAACAUGUAAUCCAUUGGCUGUUUGAAUUGCAAGAUAUCAUCCCUCAAAUUACUGAGGUUAAACAUUUACACCGUGAUAAGAACACCGGUCCCGACUAUCUCUCGAAACAUCCGAUCGUGUCGGCAUCAUCAUCACAUCUACCGAUUUCAUUGGACAACGAUAAUGAUUGGCCACCAGGCACAGAAACUUGGGAGAUUAAACCACCGCGUACAUUAUCAUACCUCACACGAUUAAAUACAAAAAUGAGUAUUAAUGUAAAAAUAUGA